AAUGUUGUUGCGUAGAUGCUUCAUCGCAAAAACAAAACAUUGCUCGGGUUCUCUCACACAGGUGUGUGUUAAAUCGGCUGCUCUGCCUCGUUUUUAGACUACACACACACACACACCGGCUGCACUUCAAACCCUCCACUAUAAAUACCUCAUAAAAGCAUGUUAUCAAACUGCAUACUUUCCAUGAGCACUAGCUUUCACCUCUUGCUAUUUAUCCCCUCAUCCCCCAUCCUACAUUCUUUCUACCAGUCAUCUCUCUCUCUUUGUCUUUGUCUGUUAAACUCUCUGCUUCAUCCAUAUUUACUAAGAUUGACGUGUUUUCCACAUCCUGCCCUGUGCACUCAGGAGUCAGGUGAUAUCUGUGUGUGUGUGUGUGUGUGUGAGUCAAGAGGUGAAAGGCUCAUGGUUACAUAUUUUCCAUUCAACAAAGGAUUUUUUUGUUUGUCUGAGUUUAAAUGCAACUGAAAGCAGAUCAGUGCUUUCUGUUUGCCAGGUGGUGAUGUCAUUAUUUUCCAGUCACAUACACUCACACACACAGGCCUUCUUUUAUGUCUGAUUAGUCAGCAUUAGCUCGUAUCUGUCAAAAGAAGGAUGGGAUGGAAAAAAGCAAAAUAGUGUCCCUCCUCUUUCCACAGCUGAUUGGCUUGCAGGGAAAGAACGGAUGAAUGACACAGGAAGAGGAGGGGAUGGGAUUGUGGGUAAUGCGUCAUCGGCUGGCAGGGGCUCAUUUAAGCUGCUGGGUAGCAGGAGGAGAGAGCGAGAAAGAGCGAGUGAGCUUAGAAGAGGCUGAGUGACAUUUUCAGCUCUACACGCCCAAAUCUCUGGAAAAUUCCUUCAGUUUGCAGGCUGCUGCAGAGUCGACUCACAGACGCUGACAGGAGGACGCUGAUUUUUAAUCUUCACUUACAAGUGUUGCAGCAGGUGACUAGAUAACCUUGGAAUGUGGGUUAGAAGGCCAAUUGUUGACUGAGGUUCUUUGAGAGCAGCUCAGUGUUUUUUUCCCCCCCAACAUUGAGGACUUUAACCGUGAAGACAAUCGCCAAAUUCCAGAUUCACAAAGAGGAUCCAUGUGUGCGUUGGAUAAAAGCGGACCUGUUUCCUUUUGGGGACCAUCUGUUACUUCCUGAUUGUCCGUCACCCUGGGGAAGGCAACGCAUUUCCGAUUUCCCCCUUCCUCUUCAUCCUCAUCAUCAUCAUCAUCAUCAUCACCCCCGUUGUCCCUGCCACCGCUGAAGUCUGUAUCAGCGCCCCGUUGCGCUCUGACCUCAGGUAUCAGGUGGAGAAGGUUUCGUCUUCCGGGGUCGCCCAUCAUGCACAUCAAGACCACCAAGUGUAACCGCUUCUGCCUGGUUGCCUCUGUGAUGAACCAGGAAGUGUUCAGUCAUCCUGAGGCACAGGCCAGUUUUGAGGCCUUGUUCCGUUCCUUUGACCCGGAGGUACAGUUCCAGUACUUCAAGUCUUUCCGGCGGAUCAGGAUCAGCUUCAGUGAUGCUCUGGCUGCAGCCGAGGCCAGAUUGCGACUGCAUAAGACUGACUUCAAUGGCAAAGAGAUGAGACUCUACUUUGCUCAGUCUGUCCACAUAGGCAGUCCUCGUCUGGAGCCUCCCAAGCCAGAAAAGCAGUUUCUGAUCUCCCCGCCUGCCUCACCCCCAGUUGGCUGGGAACAGGCUCAUGACGCUACACCCGUCAUCAAUUACGACCUGCUGUGUGCCAUCUCAAAACUAGGACCAGGGGAAAAAUACGAGCUCCACACAGCCACACCCACCACCCCCAGCGUCGUUAUCCAUGUCUGUGACGACGAACACGGCGGCGACAGCUCGGCCCCCGAUGACAGCGACCUUGAUGACAAGCCCCGCCCACCACGGCCAAAAAUCAUCCAGACUCGUCGUCCCGACUACAGCCCCGAGGUGAAGCAGUGAGCCACGAAAAAAAAAGGGCGAGGAGCGGCAGAGUGACGACAGUAACAUUCCAUCCUGGAGCGUCUGGUCAAGACCUGAACAACACUCUCUGAGCUUUGAGGGUUUUUUGGAGACUUUGGCGCCUGAAGAUGCCGUGACGUCCUGUAGACGAGCAUUUCAUAUGACAGAAAGAAAAUAGAGUUGAAUGCUGCAUUCAUGUUCUGUGGGAAAGAUGGGAGAUAUGACCUUUCAAGUGGAAAAUCCACUUAGCAGUGAGAUGUGACAGGUACUGCAUGUGGAUAUGAGAUGUGGAGAGGAAACUGUAACUAAUAAUGUAUACCUUUUUUUGGAUUGUUGUGUUAAUAAUACUACUACAAUAGGAGACUUUGAAUAUUUGGGUUGUGGUGAUAACUAUUAUAUUUUUUUUUUCAAAAAGAUAACAAAUGUUACAUGAUAACAUGUGGGUGUUUAGUGAGAUGAAGGUGGUCAGGUGCAAAUAAAGUGUACAAGACCAUCAAAAGUGAUAUGGAAAUUCUUCCCACAUGGCAUGAAUGCGGCAUCAUUCUGAGAAGUCAUGUUUGCGUCUUACUCACCUAGACUAUGGGAUGUAACGGACUGACUGGAGGAGAAAAUCAUCCGUAAAUCACCAGGUUUCAGACUGAAGAUCUUCACCCAUACACUGCCACCUUCUUUCUCACAUGGUCAUUAUCUGAGGAGGUCACACAGGAGCUGCUACUCUUCACAUCUGCAGCUGUUUUUUUUGGUGGACCGGGAAGUCCAGCCAGAGCUCACUGUACUCAUGCUCACACAGACUAAAACAUGACUCCAGUAUGGCAGUGUUCCUGUCAUGACCUCUAACAGUGUUAAUUGUGUAUUCUUUCAGUUUUGAUUUCUCCAUGUGUCCAUGGUUUGGUUGUAGUAAUAGCAAAGAAAUAUUUCUAUUUUACAUUAAAGGGCGUAGUUCAGUUUUUUUUAAGUGAGGUUGUUCGAGGUCUGCUGAGCUGAAAAACAACCUGACACUGAACUAAAACACAGUUAUGUUUGGUGCUCUAUGUCACUGUUAAACAGCCUUUUUUGAAUGGAAAAUGAAGUUUAUGGUGCUUUGUAAACCUCUCAUUCCCCUACACCAAAGUCCAUGGACUAAAUCAUCAACAUUACAUCACAGCACACAGGAGUUGUUGAUCCACUGCUGCCUCCAUCAGUAAGUUCAAAUGUGAUAUUUUGUCACUUUUGUCACUUGUUCAUUUGGAUUUACUUCAGUGUCACAAACUUGCUAAAAAGUGGCAUCAGGAGAUCAGCAGCUCCUGUGUCCUCGAGAGCUAAAAAUGCAUGUUCUUUAUGGACUAUGGUGCAGCAAAGUGCAUGGUUUACAAACUUUAGCUUCCAGUUUAAAAGGCUGUCUAACACCAACAUAAAGUGGCAAAAGUUGCUGGUUCUCAACACAGGAGGCAACAUCGUGCAACCUCACUUGAAAAAAACCUUGAACUUUGACUUUUAAAUACAUUUUUUGAACGUGGUUUUCAUGUCAACUUUUUCAUCUGUGGGCCUCUAACCACAUCAGCCAUUGUAUAUUCUCAGCUUAAAGAAAAUAGGGCUAAUCUGUUAUUAGUCCAUACUUGGGCUACAUAGUAUUCUGUGAGAAAAUACAAAUGACGCACUGUUAUUGUCAAGGCCCAGCACGCGUUAUUAUGAUGGGCAUUCAUUUGAUGUAUGUUUUAAAGAGAUUAGGGUGUGGUCUAUGGUUAAUGUCUUACUGUAUCCAUAUGAGCUAUGUGCAUGUGUAACAGUUGCUGCAAAUAUGCACCAGAGGCAUGUCCUGUAAUGAUUGCGUCAUUUCUGUUAGUACAGCUCCAUCACACACCCAAACCAAAAUCUUGCAACAUUUUAAUGCUGUGAGAAUUUUUUUUUUUUAAAGAAAUGCGAGUUAUUAAAGUAUCCUGCGAUUGCAAUGAGCUCCCCAUCUGUCACUUCAUUAGCCUAAAGCUGAAUCACAACACAGCUUUGACACUUGACUAUGUAACGCGACGUUGCAUCGUAGACAAAAAAUUUUUUUUUUUAAAUCAGCGUCUCAGCACUGAACAACACGAGGGGCUGAGAAAACCAGCUUCAUAUUCACUGUGUCGUACUUCGUUAGUGGUUGGAUAAUUAAUUACAUACAGUACGUGUUUGUUGAUACUCAGUGAACAGCAUUAUAUAUGGCAGAAACAUAUUCAGGGCUGAAGAGCAGCUCCUGCUUUAUUCCAUCACCUUCAGUCUCAGAAUUUAAUUCUAUUUAUUAAGUUUUGUUUGUGCUUUUAUUUUAAAGACAGACAGGAAACAACAGGGUGAUGAGAUGGUGCAGUCAAAGCAGCCAAGAGUCACUGCUCAGUAUUUAUGUGCUAUUUGUUACGUUAUCUGUUCUUAUUGUGUUUUCACGGUGCAGUUGAUCUAAAGCUGUGGUCUGGGAUGUCAUCUUGUGGCUAACUUCCGUGUCCACUGCUGCUGCUGUAUUCUAAGCAUAGACUGUAAAUUAAAAUGGACGUAGUCUUCCAGUUGCAAAACAAAC